AUGAGUGCCGAGCGUUAUCCCAGUGUACCAAGUUUAGUUGGUGAUUCUGUGAGAAGUAUCAAAGGUACUGGUACAGAACCAGUGGCGCGGUCUGAUCCUCGCAACGACGUUAAGAUCUUGAACAAGUUGCAUGACACUGUUGCGAACCACAACCAAUCUCAGCAACUUAGCGGCUCCUCAUAUACAUCGGUAGAGGACUUGAACAAAGAAGGUGCAUUAUUGACUGACGAAGUUGACCUUGAGCUAAGCCAUGUUGAUGGUAAAGUGCAAAGAAAGGAUGGUGAAGUGGAUUUCAACAUUGCUGAUAGAAAGCUUGGUGAAUCUGAGUUAGAGAAGCAAAGGAAACGUAAAUUAAUGCUCUUGAAGCAGAAACAGAAAAACCGCGAACUCUCUUCUACUUCUUUGUCGCGUAUGGAUAUCCAAAGCUCGUCAUCACAAACCUCGCUAACACAUCUCGACGACGAAACCAAAGAGGAGCUAGAUAGAGUGAGCAGAUCCCAAGAGAGAGAGAGACAAAGAGGCUCGCAAAUGGUUUCGCCCACUCGUGGUAGUGAUGGUCUUGUGAGAAACUCUUAUGGGGAAUAUAUCAAGAGUACUUGUAACAGACCACAUUUGGCUCGUGGAGACUCCUACCAAUCGUCUAGCAACGAAAGUGAGAACAAUCUGAUUGAUUCGGCUGCCACUCCAUCGGAGAGAUCUGGUAGAACAUCAUUCAGAAGAAGGCUAUCUACGGAGUACCUAAGGUCAUUGUCUAGAUCGUUGAGUCGUGAUCCUAGCAAGAGCACAACAAGAACAAAUGCUAUAACGCCUUCUCACAGCAACAACGCUGGCAAUUAUACUACCAGUGCGCCACCUUCGCACCAUGUGGUAGCCAUACCAGGUGGUGAUUUCAUUGAUAACGAAAAGACCAGGACUGUCGACCAGUCCUUAGAAGAUGAACUCUAUAGCACCAACAAUUACUCUAUCUCGCAAGUGGAGCUUGCUCAAGCUGCCAACAAAACUUUGUUGAACGAAGCCUUUGACGAAGAAGAGGAAGAAGGUGCAUUGCUUGAUGAUCAAGGAAACGAAGAGCACGAUCGAGAACUGGAACGUGCAGCUAUAAAAGUAGAAGAAAGCUGA